AUGGAUGUUGGCAGAUAUAAAUACAACAGUACACUUGGACUGCGAGGCAGGGGGCGGAGUUUAGUGCCUUGUGUGGAUAAAUGCCCUUCUAAUGCUGGUAGCCAAAACUGUUCGUCGACCCCGACAUUCGACCUUGAAAAUCUGGUCAAAAUUAACUGCAACGCAACGGUGGACUCAAUAAUGAAUAACGUCCGGAACUCGCCUAUGACGUCAUCCAACGUCAUGGCAACAAGCGCGGCGAUGCAUAUUCUCACAUCUGUUGGAGCGAACGUUUCAAGAUCUACUGUGUUGGAUAUAGUGGGUUACAUGGGAAGGGUGGGGGAAGCGAUGAAGAAUGGUUCGCUUGAGAUCGAUUUGUUUCCUACUCUUGUGUAUCUCGGUAUGACGUCAUCAUAUAUUACACCCGAUCUAUCACAUAUGAACAACACGUUGAGACAAAGUAUUGGGAAGUCACUGGCGCAGAUUGCAACUAAUGGAAAAUUGGACGAAAAAUCGAAACGAUUCCAACUCAAAACACCAGCGUUUACAAUAGAGGCCGUCGAUGUUCACUACAGUGUCACCAACGGUUCUGUCCAUUUUUCGCCACAAAUCUCGGGGAAUAACAGCCUUAUGACGUCAGUCAACGUCACAAUACCGCACAGUGCAAUUCAGAAUGCCUUGAGCAAUUUCAACUCAACAACUGGAGUUACGGAACGUAAAGAAGGAAGGGUGGCGGUCAUACUUUACAAAAACGACAAUUAUUUUUCGUCGAACAAAUCUGUUAAUUAU